AUGUCACUCCUCGAUCUACCUACCGAAAUCUUCGAAAAAAUCGUAACGCUUGUAUUGCCAGAAGGAUUUGAGAGUCUGGCUUUGACCUGCCAAGAAACUCACUCAUUAUGCAUACCAUUCCUCGAAUCUCACAAUCAGUUUCGGUCACAAUACCAUAGACUAGCAUUAGGACCAUCGUCAUCAAUCAAGACAUUGCUAGAUCUCAUCCUACGGAUCGAAUGCGAGCCUAUAAUUGCCCGUUAUAUUGUACACGCAGACUUUGGCAUUGACAAAUAUCAUUCUUAUGUUCAGGAUUUCUACCGUAGACAUCAUGGACCUCUGAAAAAGCUACUCGCUGCUUCUCAUUAUUUAAAGAAAGCAGGAUUGGACUGGGAGGAGUAUCAUGAUUUAAUUAAAGCGGAUCUGAGGCGGAAUCGGUACUCUAACAACUACUCACAACAUGUCACUGCUUUUGUCUUGACACUGCUCCCCAACGUCAAGACUCUCGUGUUAUCUCCUUGGCAGCCGGUCGAAGCCUCCAAAGCACUUCUUGAGGCCAUUGUUGCCGAAAACAAGCUAUCGACGCUCCCAUGUGAAGAUCUUAGUCUCACUCAACUUACUCAUAUCAAGAUAUCAACCUACACUAGACUCAAAUUUGACUGGUGGAAUAACUUUCCAUUGUUAGCACUGCCAAACAUGCGGUCAUGCCGGGGCCCCAACUUUGUAGCGAGAGGUGCCUUAUCCGUUGCACUCCCUUCCAGACCCAUAUCGGAUUUUCAUUGUGGUCAGAGUCUCGAAACAGUCUAUCUUAAAAACUGCUGUAUCAGUGACGUAGCCAUUGCCAAUCUUCUCAAACAUGCCCCCCAUCUUAGGAGUUUUAAAUAUGCCCAUUCGCCUGAUAGGGAAAGCGAUGAUGAGGCCUGGAACAUUUUCAAAUUCAUCGCAGCAAUCGAAGGCGAGGCAGGAACUUACCUUGAGGAACUUUCUAUCAAGAUUUGCGCGUCAACUUCCACUGAGGAUACCUCUCUCAAAGACAGACCAAUAGUUUCAAUCGCCCCGGGCAAGACAUUCAUGCGUGGCUUUAAGUGUCUCCGCAAGCUUGCAUUGCCUUUGGAAAUUGCGAUCUGUGAUCAUGCCAAUGCCGCAUUUCAAACAACAAAUUCAGCACGCAUUUUAGCCAAACAAGGGCCCAGAAACUUUGAAAUAUUCAUCAAUGAGCUUCUACCUGCUCCUGUUUCAUAUCUAUCGCUAUCAUUAAGCGGAAUAGAUUUAGAUGCAAGAAAUGAUAUCAUGAAGGCCAUUGGAAAUCAUUUUAUUACAAAACAAUCCCGGUUCCCUUCCACCAAAGAAAUUCAACUCUUAUUGCCAGGAGAUAAAAGUUCAAUCUACUUGUACAAAGAAGGUCAUUCAGUGGCAGCUGGAGACGUCGAAAAGUUAGACGUCGUUCCAAACUCUGCAUCACCUGGUUUCUCUCUUGUAUAUUUCCUUUAG